GCCCCGUGGAGCUGGCGCUCGCUCAUUCAGUUUUCUAGAGAGAUCUGAGCCGGAACCCGGGAGCCGGGAGAUCUUUCUCGCCCACCCAUCUCAGCAGCAAGGACAUCUACAGGGGGAAAAACCCACCCCACGCAGCCCCCCGCCGCCCCACGGCAGCUGCUGGCGCUGUGCAGAGAUGAUUUAUUGCAAAUGGCUGUGAAAAGACAUUAGGAGAGCAAAUAGUCCUUUGGGAACAAAGAGUCACAAGAUAGAAAAACAGCUGUUGAGACUAUAACAAACAGUCUAGACUGCCAACAUGCAGCAACAAUAUUCAAGUAGGUGAUGGAAUAAACAACACUUUCCUUUGGAUGGAUUAUUCUACAUGUGAACUGCCUGUUACUCUUUCCACAAGAAUAAGAAAAGCCCUUUGCUUUCAUUUGUUAAAUAUCAGUUUGAUGGGAAAAAGCAUCUGAAUGGCUCACACUCACAGUAGACCAUCACUUGAAUGGGAUCAGCACCUCUACUAAAGCAUCUGAAUUUAAGGAUUUGGAAAAGAGGUUUUUGCAGAGAUGACCCACUUGCAAGCUGGACUUAGUCCAGAGACUAUAGAGAAAGCCCGCCUGGAACUGAAUGAAAACCCAGACAUUUUGCAUCAGGAUAUCCAGCAAGUCAGGGACAUGAUUAUCACGAGGCCUGACAUUGGGUUUUUACGUACAGAUGAUGCCUUCAUCUUGAGAUUUCUCCGAGCCAGAAAGUUUCACCAAACUGAGGCCUUCAGACUGCUGGCUCAGUACUUCCAGUACCGCCAAUUAAACCUGGAUAUGUUCAAAAACUUCAAGGCCGACGAUCCAGGAAUCAAACGGGCUCUGACAGAUGGAUUCCCAGGAGUACUGGAAAAUCGUGACCACUGUGGCAGGAAGAUUCUUCUGCUUUUUGCAGCCAACUGGGAUCAGAGUAGGAACUCCUUCAUAGAUAUCCUUCGGGCUAUUCUACUUUCCUUAGAAGUGCUCAUCGAAGAUCAGGAGCUUCAGAUAAAUGGUUUCAUUCUAAUUAUAGACUGGAGCAACUUCUCUUUCAAGCAAGCCUCCAAGCUUACGCCAUCUAUCCUCAAACUGGCUAUUGAAGGGUUACAGGACAGCUUUCCUGCACGUUUUGGAGGAGUCCAUUUUGUCAAUCAGCCCUGGUACAUCCAUGCCCUGUACACGCUAAUCAAACCGUUUCUCAAAGACAAGACAAGGAAAAGGAUCUUUCUUCAUGGUAACAACCUGAACAGUCUUCACCAGCUAAUACACCCUGAAUGCCUGCCCUCCGAAUUCGGGGGGACUCUUCCUCCCUACGACAUGGGCACAUGGGCUCGAACGUUACUUGGUCCCGACUACAGUGAUGAAAACGAGUACACCCACACCUCCUACAACGCCAUGCACGUGAAGCACGCGUCCUCCAACCUGGAGCGGGAGGCCUCACCCAAACCCAUGAAAAGGUCCCAGUCCGUGGUGGAAGCUGGCACACUGAAACACGAAGACCCGGGGGAAAGCGAGAACACCCAACCACUGCUGGCUCUGGACUGAGGUUCCACAUGCCCAACAGACACAGAUCCAUGAACAGACUUCCAGCAUACCAGAGACCCACAGAGCACACCACACACAGACACAUGCACACACACGUGUUUUGCUUGAUGGCAAGUCCUUCAUGUUUCCUGACCAAGUAACAACUGUCACCAGCCAUCCAUCCGUGCGGCCGACGCUGAACAAAAACUGAGAAAUUUCUACUGACACAAGAAUCUGUCCAUAUACAAAGAAUUUAUUUUUUUUUUGAGUUAUGACAUUAAAAUAUUGGAAAUGGUGGAACUGCAUUCUCUGUUUAAAGAAACCAGGGUAUGUCAGUAGUUUUCCCGAAGACUUCAUCAGGGAUGCUCAUUUUAUAGAAGCUAAGGGGUUGAGUUUUAAAGAAAAGCAUCUCAAAUUUAAACUUUGCACUGUAAUCAGUAAGUGUAAUCUGCGUCAGAGGGCAGAAUCAUCAUUUACACAGUAUUUGAGUUUUACAGAAGGAUUUUGCAUUUAAAAAAAUAAAAACAAAAAAACAAAAACAAAACAAAAAAAAACAAACAAACAAACAAACCAAAAAAACCAAAAAGCCAGUGCCAGCAUAAUGCCAUUCAACAUGAUACUUUGUGACUGCCUCAUCCAUGCUGCUUAUAUAGGGGGGAGGUCACAUUUCAGUAUCUAGCAAAAAUUUUUCUUAACUUUUGAAGCCCUCGUAAAACUGUCAGCUAAAGUGGAAUGAGCUGUGUGGGCAGCAGACGCGCACAAUUUGAAAUGCAACUAUUUAAUUUUAAUGUGUUUUUCCACAGGCAACUCAGGAGCCUAUUAGAUACGUGCGUGUGCAUGGGUGUGCACAUGUGGUGGUGGUGGGGUGCCAGGGAGACCCAUUGGACACAUUCACCAGUGAUUAAUGGUUCAAUCCAGAUUGUUUCAUUCAGGUCACAACAACAAAUGAAAGCUCUGCAGAGCCAUUUACCCCCUUCCCUCCUGCAGUCAAGGAAAGGUGUAGCCAGAAGGGUAUGCUGAUUGCAGAUACAGGCCAUGGCUAAAAUGGAAAAGGACAACUUAUAAUUAAUUAUUCAGUACCAGCUUCUGCUAGAAGGAAAUGCUGAAGAAUAGAAGAACUGAAAUGCCAAAGAUCAGUUUGUUAUUUCUCUCUUUGCUCUAGCUGCAAAGAGUACCAUCCCUUCAUUGAAAUGGAAACCGGAUUAAAGAAAUAAAAGAAAAAUCAUUAUCGAAUUGCAUGUUCAGUGACUUUAUUUCCUAAAACAGUUACAACCACUGUAUACACCUUUAUUCUUCAAAUAUAUUGCCAUAUAUUGGCAAUUUACUAGAACAAGUGGUUGGCAACAACAUAUCAAAGGCAGCAGAGUAAACCAUACAUACAAAAUGAGAUGAUAAUAGGCACAAGGGUUUUUAAUGUGCCCCUGGAACAUUCAUUGAAUUCUUAAGUGUUACACUGAAGUGACAAUAUAGUUCAAGUGAACAUGGUCAGCCCUAACAGAUGGACUAACAAAAUACUGCCUUUAUCUACAACAACAUUUUAUGCCUGCACAGGGCAGAAGGGACAUCCUGCCAGAUCCUAUCAACACACCUGGGAUUUAUGCACCAGUAUUUGUACAGAAUAACCUCAUUCAGACUAACCUCCUCCUACAGCAACAUGUUAUUGGUACAAAGCCUGGCCUCCAUGAUAGAGAGUGAGUCUUUAAGGCAGUGGAUGGUCCCAGCAAGGCAACACAGGAGUUAGAAAAAGAAGCAGAAGCUUGCAGCUUCCAGGAACAUUAAACAUAGAAGAUGAUUGAGCCCAUUUAUCUUUGGGAUUUCUUCCAUUCCCAAUCCCCUGACAUUACCACCUAUCACAGGAUGUCAAGUCCCAGUAGAAGGACAUAGCUCCCUUCCCUUCCCUGGGCUCACGGACACUCAAAGGCAUUUGGAUUUGUCAAAGAGAACUUGCUUAAAGCAGAAAGCAAAAACUUAGACAAAAAAGACAGACAUUGGCUAGUAUACUGCAGCAUUAAGGAAGAAAUACUUUGGUUUGUGAUUUUUCUCUGUUAAUACAGAGAAAAACACCUAAUCUCUGUUACCCCCACUGCCACUGAGUCCUUGUGAUGAUCUGUUACAAUCACUGUUCAGUGAAGUGGGUCUUGGUUUUGUCCAAGAAGUGCAAAUAUCACUGAAAUCCAGCCCUUGAAGAUCAAACCUUGCAAAGGAUUAGAAUUAUUUCUUUUCUUUAACUGUGGUAUGAAUAAAUACAUAUGAUGCCUUGUAUAUAACUGUAUGAAGCUUGUAUUUAACCGUAGGAUCUUAUAGAGACUGUGCAAAGAAGGUAAUGACAGGCAGGAUGGAACCCACCUCCUAUCAUCAUGAUGAGUAUAUACUGCCUUACAGACUACAUUGCCCUUGUCAGCUAUUUCCUUCUGUAAAUAAACCUAACUAAAAAAAAAGUUAAAUUGCAAUGGAUCUCCAUUUAAAAAGCAUUUCCAUUCAUUUCUUCUCUUGGCACUUCCAAUGCUGAAAAGCUUUUUCAAGACAAAAUAUCAGUUGGCAAACAGGAAUACCUAAAAUAAUAUACCAGUUGUUCACUGCAUAAUUUCUGUAGUCUGCUAUAUGUAUCUUCCCCAUGUAUAUAGCUAAUACAGUAACUGUACCUAACAAAACAACAUGCUCUCAGCUUCCUGCCUUGUAGGCAUGGAGUAGAUUCACUUCAGUGUUGCAGGAGCUAUUCAUAGUACACCCUGUCUUAUUAAAGGCACUUAAGAUUUUUAAAUGGCCAAUGUAUCACUACACAAUCUAAUGAACAGUGCUACUCCAGCACACACACGGUUUGGGUAGAUUACUUUUAUCUAUUUGCCAAUUUUAUCUAUUUGUCAAUUGCAAUUGGAAAAGAUAAAGUAUGAGCCUUCAAAAGAACAAUGAAACAAUAUGAAGGAUGGCAUGGAUUUUCAUAAAUAAAACUCCAAAAUUUUACCUUUAGCAUUUAAUCUGAGCUAUAGAAACUAAAAUGCAAUAUCAAUAAAAAUAUUCCUAAACCACCAA